UUAAAAGGCCAGAGACAUUGCAGUCGCGCUCGUGACAGUACUGAAGCAAGCAAGAUGAUUUCUGCCCAAAGUGGACACACUCAUGCUUUGUCGUGAAAUCUGAGUUUUUGCUUUGAAAAAUAUUCUAGAAUCGACUUAUAGGUUCAAGUAUCAGAGCGCUGCGUCGGAACUUUGGCAGCGGGCCGUUGGUUUCCUACUGCACGAAACCAACGCAUAAAACAGACAUUUCACCUUGGACUAACUAAAGUAGAGUUUUUAUUUUUUUAUUAUUGGUGUAUUUUACGAGUUUAAUGAAUGUGCCAUGCCGUUUGUGGAGUUCGUCGCAGGAUGGAUUUCAGGUGCUGUUGGUUUAGUUGUUGGUCACCCUUUGGACACAGUAAAGGUGCGCUUGCAGACCCAGACUGUGUAUAGAGGGAUAUUUGAUUGUGUGGUCAAAACAUACACACAUGAAGGAUUUCGUGGAUUUUUUAAAGGCAUGUCAUUUCCUGUCGUCUCUGUUGCCAUUAGCAACGCUGUGGCCUUUGGUUCAUACAGUAAUGCGCUGGAUUACCUUACUCGGUCAGGUCACAACAACUCUGACCAAAGCAAGCGGUCAUCACUCACUGCUGUGUUCAUGGCUGGGUGUUUUUCAGGGUUAGCACAGUUGUUUGUUUCAGCGCCGAUAGACCUGGUUAAAGUGCGUCUGCAGAACCAGACGAAGUCCGGUAGGAAUAAGUACAGAGGCCCCAUACAUUGUAUUGCUGUGAUCUUAAGAGAGGACGGGGUGAAAGGCCUUUUCAGAGGAAUGUGGGCUCUUGCCCUGCGCGACGUGCCUUGUUUUGGACUUUACUUCCUGCCAUACGAGCUGAUCUGCAUGAUGCUGACUGAGAAAGGGAAGCAACCAGGUAACACUGCUGUCCUGGUGGCCGGUGGUGUUGCUGGCGUGGUCACAUGGGCCUGUGCCACCCCCAUGGACGUGGUGAAGGCUCGACUGCAGAUGUGUGGCGGUGGCGGUCGCAUGUACAGCGGUGUGCUGAACUGCAUUACUGUGAGUGUGCGUGAGGAGGGCAUGCGGGUCUUCUUCAAAGGCCUUCUUCUGAACAGCGUGAGAGCGUUCCCUGUGAACGCCGUGACCUUCCUCAGCUUUGAGAUGCUGCUGAGAGCCAUGACCGACUCACCUCAGGACUAAGGGACAGCUGCAGGAUGAUGAACUUUUGUAGGCCAAAACCCGGAAACAAGUUAGCAAAUUAGCAUUUCCAUCGGUUCCAUCAUUCUUUGAUGUUUUUUUUUUAAUGAAGCAUUGGUUAUAUGGCUGAAAUAAGGCCUGUGGUG